AUGGUCCAAGACUUCCUAACUCAACAAUACCCCACAGUCGAACAGACCAUCGUCAACAAUGCUACGUGUCUAGAAAAACAGAAAAGGGGUCUGUUGGCGGAAUUGAGGAGCCUCAUUGGUUCUGUUUGCUGCGUGCUCAUCGGCGUUGCCUACCUACGAGAUGUUUCGUUCUUUCCGUUGGUUCUUCGCUUAAUUACACAGAUGUCUCUCUCGGUGCCAUCCAAACAGAUUCCUCAUUUGAUGCUCAAUGAGACGGAUCGGCAGGAGCAGCGGAUGUUUCUGCUUACAGGGGUGGUCGUCAGUGGACUAUUCAGUAUCAUCAGUCACUUACUCUAUGCACCAUACACAAGCAGUAAGAUGGGUGACCAUAUGCUCCAUGGGGGAGUCACGGUGCAGUUUAUAGGCGAGAGAGUUCCAGCUGGGCGCUGGGAGCUCUUGGUGUUCGAUGUUCUAAUCUUCUGCAUUCAGUACAUAUACUUUUGUGUGAUGUGGGCGACAGAUGAUCUGGCAGUGGUGCAAAGCAGGGCCGUUAGUGUGUUGUCCGAUGAGGUUUCGGCGAACAACGAUGCACUCUCGGACGGGUUUGACGGGAAUGUGUUCUUGCUCACCAUUGACCUUUGGGGGAGCUUGCAGUACACAUUGAGGCGGGCGCUGCCUGACUAUGUACGAGGAGAUUCUCUGAGCAGUUCCGGAGCGUCUCAAGAAAGUCUGAGCCGUACGUCUCACUUUCUACUGCGGAAUUUAGUGUGA